AUGGCGAUAAAUUGCGCCUGGGAGACGUCGUACGUCGGCACCGUCGGCCGCUGGAUCCGGCAGACGUGCAAGCCCGACGCCCCGCCGCCCAAGAUCAUCUGCAUCAUAUGCAAGGAUGAGAUCGAGCCCGGCUGGGGCGUCGGGACGCUGUACUCUCGUCCGACGGAGCAUCCCGGUAGCUUGCUGCCGUGCAUGCACAUCGUCGGCACCAAGUGCUGGGCCAAAUUGAUCAGGGAGCAAGGUAAUUUGAACUGCCCGGUUUGCGGGGAGAUUAUUCACCUUGAGGAGGGUCCCAGCGGAGUUGCUGUCAGCUUGUGGUCUUGGAUUGCGGCCGAUUUCCGCUGGCACAGCAAGGUCAAGGCAUAG